UGGUGGCCUUGCCCUUGGCGCCUCCUGCUGCCCGGAUGGCGCUGCCUCCUGCGGCGACGCCCGCCUCGACUCCUCAGCCCUUCGGAUCAGCGUCCGCCUGGAGGACGUUGCCAUUCGGGGUGGUCCCCGGGGACAUCGGUCCAGCCCAAGGGCACUAAGAGUGCCACCCUGGCUCAGCGGCUGCUGGGCAGGGUCUCGCCACGCCAUCACCCUCCGUGAGGGAAUCCCUGAACUUCGUGUCUUCCCUGUUCGUGGACUUUGUUGUGGACUAUUGUUUUGGCCCUCCCCCGGUCCUCCCUCCGCCCACCCUGCUCAUGUACCUUGAGGGGUAGGGAUUCGGUCCCUCCGCCUGGGACCACCCUCCGCCCGCCCUGGUUUGGGGGGGGGGCUUCCGUAGGCGCCGUGGAAGGCGCCAUAGGGGGGGGGGUACUGUCAUGAUCUGGCUUUGUGUUUCUAGUUGUUUCCUGUUUUAUUUUGGUAGUCUCCUGGUUUCUGUUCCUGUUUUAGCUUUACUUCCGGUUUCUUGUCUUGUCACAGCUGUCCCUGCUCAUUACCCACACCUGCACUCUGUUAGUCAUCAAGUCACUGUGUAUUUAACCACCACCUGUGUCCUUAGUUCCCUGCCAGAUUGUCGUAUUCGAGUCCCCUGAGUGUUCGUGUUUCUUGUGUAUCCCUGCGUUGAGCGUCCCUAGUUUCCUGAGUUCCCUGAAUGUUCGUGUUCUCGUGUCUUGUUCCUGUUUGCCCUGCGCCGUGUAUCCUGCCCGUGAAAGAACCUGGACUGAUUAUCUACUGAUCGUGAGUUUUUGCCUGUUCCCUGUCUGUACUUUCGCCGAGCUUUUUGUGUAUGACCUGGACCGUCUGACCCUGCCCUGAGAAUUAAACCUUUUGUUGAUUAUAAUCUCGCCUCCGUGCCGUGCAUGUGGGUCCACCGCCUGCCCGAGUCCCUGACACAGCACAUGUACAUAGGCUCUAUAUGGAAAUGACAUGAAAUUUAUUAGCUCUGCUCCAACCUUUGGUGAAACCACGGAGCUGUGAUGUAUUUUAUGGCAAACUAUCCUGUGCAAAUAUACAAUACAGUACAAUCGCAUUGUUUUGCUAAGUAUUGCUUUCAUGAUAAAAUAUGAUAUGUUCUGCUGAGACCAAUGUAAACAACUGAAGCUUUUUAAAUCCAAGUUAAAUCUUAACAUGCGUUGUUGUAAACUCGUUGCUGUAUUCAUAUUUUCAGUCUGGGCAGAUCAGCCCACGAUCAGCAUUGAGCAAACCUACUGUAACCCCAUAUCUGUCACACUGGCUAGGACAUGUGGGAGUGGUGUGGACAUUACCUACAUAAAACCUGCUGAGUCAUCGUUAGUUUUUUAUAAAUUUGUUGAGGCAAGGCUUCAGAACACUUUCUGAUUUUGCAGAGUCCAGAGUGUUGAACAUGAAGUUCAGUGUGAAAAAAACUUUACUCAGUCUAGCGUCUGUAUUUUUCCUCUGUGUGGCUGCAGACGAACAUGCACCUGAAGUGCACACUCAGCUGGGGAGUCUGAGAGGUCAGUAUGUUAGUGUUAAGGGGAAGGAGACUGGGGUCCAUGCCUACCUGGGGGUCCCCUUUGCCAAGCCCCCUGUAGGUCCUGCUCUGAGACUGGCUGCACCUCAACCUGUAGAGGGAUGGGAAGGAGUGAAAGAUGCCACCCAGCAGCCGCCCAUGUGUGUUCAAAACAGACAGAUUCUUGUAGACAUUUCUCGUCAUCUUGGAGAUUUGUUCCAAGUCAUUCCAGACAUUUCUGAAGACUGUCUCUACCUCAACAUUUACACACCUGCAAACAAAACUCAUGAUGCCAAACUCCCAGUCAUGGUUUGGAUCGAAGGUGGAGGAUUUACUUUUGGCUCAGCUUCUACGUCUGAUGGAUCUGCACUGGCUGCUUACCAGGAUGUGGUUGUGGUUUUGAUCCAGUAUCGCUUAGGAAUUCUGGGAUUUCUCAGCACUGGAGAUCAACACAUGCCUGGAAACGUUGGUUUGCUGGACCAGGUACAAGCUCUGAGGUGGAUCCAGCAGCACAUUCACAACUUUGGUGGAGAUCCAGGUUUAGUCACUGUAUUUGGACAUGCUGCAGGUGGGAUGAGUGCAUCCUUGCUGCCUCUCUCACCGUUGUCUCAUGGGUUGUUCCAUCGUGCCAUUGCUGAGAGUGGAAGUGCAAUGCAAGCAGUUGUGUUAAAUAACCCUUUACCAAUGAUGAAGAUUGUGGCAAAUGUAUCUGGCUGUAACCAUGAAAGCACAGAGAAAAUCGCUGAUUGUUUUAGAAAUCUGGAUGUUGACACUAUUGUGACCAUUGGGAAGGAUGUUAAUUUUUCACCGUCUAUAACUGUUGACGGACACUUCCUGACAAAACCUGUGGAGGAGCUGUUGCGUAAACAUGAAAAUCUCACUGUUCCAUUCAUGACAGGUGUGAAUGAUGAUGAAGGUGGAUGGAUGAUUCCACAUAUUCUUGGCCUUCAAAACUGGACAGAGGGAAUGGACCGAGAGCAGAUCAAAAAGACAUUGUCUGUUUUCUUUCCAGGUCCCAAACUUGCAGUUGUCAGAGAUUUCAUAAUAGAUGAAUAUAUUGGAACUGGUGAAGAUCGCGUGAAGAACAGAGACGGGUUCACUGAGAUACUAGGAGACAUUUUGAUUACUAUUCCAGCCAUUUUGACGUCCAAUGCCCACAGAGAUGCAGGUGGUGCUGUUUUCCUGUAUGAAUACCAGCAUCCUCCCACACUCCUGCAGAAACAAAGGCCAAACUUUGUUGGGGCUGAUCAUGCAGAUGAACUUCUUAUAAUUUCAGGAAUUUGCUUCACAACUACUCAUGUCAAACUAUCUGACCCAUGUCCUAAAGAGGAGGAAGAGUUAAGCAAAACCAUGAUGAGCUACUGGGGGAACUUUGCCCGUACAGGGUCUCCUAAUGGUGACGGUCUUGCUCACUGGCCACAGUAUGGAGCAGGAGAAGACUACCUGGCCAUUGGUUUGAAGCAGCAGGUCACCCGUCAGCAUCUGAAGAAGAACCGCUUUGUCUUCAUGACUCAGACACUUCCAGAGAAGAUCAAGCAACUUAAGGAGAAGAUGGUGCGCAGUGUUAUCGAAAAAAUUGCUUCUUUCCUAUUGAACCAUUAACCUAUUGGGUUAUGAUUCAUGUUAUCCUAUGUCUUGUCUUUCAUAUCUUUUACGUACUUGACUUUUCAUUUAGAUUGUUCAAUGGCUGUCUUUGCCUAAUACACUCUGAACUCCCAAACCCAAGGCCGGAGAGUUGUGUCUCUCUCUCUUUGUUGAGACUUAGCGCUUCGUGUUCCCUGACACUUAGAUGCCAGUGGUGCAGGUGUGAGAACAGAAACAUCUUCACACACACACACGGCGAAAGGGAGAAGAUGGUGCAUGUUAUACGACUGGGUUAGACAGACAUUCCACCCCAGUCAAUUAGAGGGGUUAAAAGGCAGAGACAACUUGAGGAUUGUGUGAUCUUUGCAUUAUACCUCCGUGGUGUAUGUUUUGAUCUUCCCAGCUGGCUUUUACUGUACUUUACAUUUCCCAUAAUCUUUUUUUCUCUGUAAUUAAAAUAAAUUUCACAAAAGUCAA